AUGUCGGCGCUCGAGAGCCUGAGCCUCAACACCGUGGAACUCUGCAGCACGACCGCGACUCGUUUCCCUUUCGACGCGCCGUCGGCGCUCCGCACGCUCGCACUGGCCGACGUCAGCGUCUCCGAGACGAAUCUGGAUGUGCUCUUUCAAUGGGCCAUAAGCUCCACGCACCUCGAGUCGGUCACGUUCCAAUGCUGCGAGUGGAUUGGCUCUCGGAUGCCGUACGUCACGACGACGGUCCAGCGAUGCAUCGGCGCCGGCGUUCGAUGCAUGCGCUUGGAAAACUGCGGCAUGAAUACACGCCACGUGUCGACGUUGGCCAAGGCGCUGCAGGGGACGCAGGUGCGCAUCCCUUUCGAGCUCGACCUCUCGAACAACCCAUUUCUUAUUGCGGGGACCCAAGCCCUGCUCAAGGCGCUUGCAACGUGCACGAACGUGUCGGUCAAGCUCCCAUCCGCGCUGGAGUCGCCACUCCAAGACACCGAGCGAGUAUACCUCGUCAAAGCACGAGCCGCCGGCGUCACUAUCGACGUGUGCGACGAGGACGUUUACAUCCACAGCCCACGUGCUCUCAAUGCCUAG